UAUCUACACUUCAUCAGCCAUAUUGAAUUUUGUUGUGCUUCGAAAACAUUGUGAGCACGUGGAUUGUUGGAUAAAAUUUAGUGAAAUUCGGUAGUAAUAUCAGUAAACUUAUCUUUUAGGCCUGUUUUCAUUAUAUCAUUGAAAAAGUGGGGACAUUCUUUCUUGAAUAUUCAAAUUGUUUAUAAAAGUGGCUCUUUACAAUGGCCCCUUGUCGUCAAUUACUUAUGUGGUCAGUCCCAUCCAUAGCUGUUUUAUUGGGAAUAUUUUGGUUCAGAAAAAAGAGGGAAUAUGCAAAAUCUGACCCGGGUGGAAGAGAAAGGAUAAAAAGUUUGAAAGAAGAGCUUGCAGAGGCAUUGAAUGCUCAGGCUGAAGCUCAACGAACAUCUCCUUUGGGCAAAGCAGAGCGUUCCAUUAUUAAGUCGGCUCCCAUUGACAUUAUUCCAAAUGGAAGUAAUUCCCAAAGGUCUUCCCCAUUAGAAUUGACAGAUGAAGAAGUUGAUAUAGAAAUAGAAAAAAUUAUUAGGAAAAAAUCUAUUGAAAAGGAAAAACAAAUGUCAGCUGGUUUUGACAAGUUUAACUCUGUGAGCCUAUGCUCUAAAGAACCAUCAUUCAAAGUUAAACAGAAGUCAUCUAACAUGUGCUCUACACUCCCAUCUGUAGUCACUUGCUGUAAAAAUAAUAUUGAUCAUUCCCCAGUAAUAAUUAGGGCAGGCGAUACAAAUAUUGUACAUUCACAGGAAAUGCCUGGAAAAUCAGAAGAUAUAUUUCUACAGCAAGAUAGUACAAAAUUGGAAACAAUUGCAUCCGAAGUUAAUACAACUGAAGAUAGCACUGUGGGUGACACUGAAGAUACAAAUAUUAAUAAUAAUAUAAAUGUAGUUGAUGAACCUAGUAAUAGUAAUAAUGGCAGUGAUAACAGAUUUUCCACAGCACAAAAUAGACACAUCUCAGAAAGAGAUUCUGCUAAUCAUAGUCCUGUGGACCCAAUGCUAGCUAGUCCAUCAAUGUGUCACUUCUCUGACAAUCACAGCGAGGGUUCAAGUGACAGUGGUAAGGGCUGUUCUGAAGCAGCCAGCCCUCCUCCUGCUAAUUUAAAUAUGGUCCCUUCUGAAACUGCACUUAGAAUACAUCAAUUUGUUAUACCUCAGAGCCUAGUUGGGCUCCUAAUAGGAAAACAUGGUUCAUUUGUAACCCAAAUUAAAGCUAAAACAGGUGCAAGUGUGUAUGUAAGAAGACAUCCUGAUUCUGUUAAACAGAAAAUAUGUGCUGUUGAAGGAACACAGAGUGAAAUAGAAGCAGCUAUAGAAAUGAUCAAGGAAAAGUUUCCUGAAAAGAAAUUCCCGAACUUUUCCUUACAAGAAAUUAGUGCAGAACUCUAUCAAAGAUUGGUGCCACUUGUACCUGAGUUUCUGCAACUUGUGGAGUCUGUGAACAAUGACACCAUAAUGACGUGUCUGGUGAGUGCAGGACACUUCUUCCUACAACAACCUCUUCAUCCAACUUUCCCGUCUUUGCACGCACUACAUCGUCUCAUGGCAGCAACAUAUCAGAACCCAGAGGUUCCAUCUUUACCUCGUCCUGUCAAAGAGGGUUCAAUAUGCGCUGCACCAACAGAAAAUAACUGGUAUCGUGCACAAGUUAUUUCAACAUCAGAGGAGAAUGACACAUCAGUUGUGAAACUGGUGGACUUUGGCGGUUACCUGACAGUGGACAAUGAUCAGCUCAAACAGAUUCGAUCAGAUUUUAUGACAUUACCUUUCCAGGCAACAGAAGCCAUUCUUGCUUUUGUGAAACCAGCUAACAAUGAACCUGAGUGGAGUGGCGAGGCUCUCCGCAUCAUGGCCGGUCUGACAGCGGGACAGCUGUUACAUGCCCAAGUAGCCGGCUACGACGAAGCCGGCCUCCCACUUGUACAUCUCUACCUCACUCUACACCCACAGCAAGUAAUAUUUUUGAAUAGAGAGUUGGUGGACCGCGGUCUAGCGGAAUGGGACGUUCCCCCGGACUCGUGAGCGCGGCCGGCAGUGCUCGCCGCGCCAGCCGGCUUCACUACUUACGUGUUAAAUACUGUAAUGACGCUGAUUAGUUUUAUGGUAUUGCAUUUUGUUUGACACAAUGUACAUAUUUUUUACAUUAGAGACUCAAUAACCUUGCUGGCUACUUUAGAGAAGGAAGCUAGGUCUCUCAUUGUGAGUUGUUUACUUUAGUCUCACAUAUUAUUUAUAUGACUUGUGACGCGUAGCUUAUAAAUUAAUAAAUGUUUCCCUUUUACUACUUAUUUCAGUUGUUAGUUUUGUAUAAGUUUUAAUACUACAAGCGAUAUUGACGCCUGCAAGUUAAUUUCGUAUUUAAACUCCAUUUGUCUUUACUUCCAUGUCAAGAAUUUUAAACAUACAAUAAUACGCUUAUAAAAAAAACUAUAAAUCGUAGACUAUAUGCUACAAAUGUUACGUAGAUGUAGACACGUAAGAACAUUCUUAUUGGAAUAUAAAUAAACCUUUAGGAGGAUAAAACUGAUCCUGUUUUUAAAUAUAUAAUAGCAAACUUGUCAAUGAAAAGUUCAGGAUGCUCAUUAUAACUGAAGAUCUAUUACUGUACUUUGUUCAGUAAUCAAUAGCAGCAGCAAGCUUGAUAUAAACUAAAUCAAUGAUGAUUCGGCUACAUGCCAAAUAAGAUGUGCCUUUGGAAAUUACACUUUUGCAGCUAAAUCACCUAACAUGUGAUGUAUGUACUUACAUGAAAUAUUAUUUGUCACAAGUAUAUUGAUUCAAUGAUUCAGUUUAUACAUUUAAGUAGAAAUUGGUUGUGACAAAAUAGUAUUUUAUGGAUAAUUCAUUAAAUGGUGAAUCCAACUCCCAAUUGUUUACUAUUUGCGGAAGACUGAAAAUGUAUAGUUAUGUACAGUUAAUGCUAUGUAUAAAAUAUGUGUAAAAAAGUACAAUAUUGUGUGCCCGAAUACUGGUAUGAUGGAUUUGAGUUUACAUGUUUUUUGUUAUAUUAUUUGACAAGAUGACUAGAAUUGUGCAGUGGAAAUACAAAAGGUAGCCUAACUUACCUUGCUGACUGAUAGAUAAUACUUUCAGUUGCAGAAUUAAAACUGCACUUUUCUAAACAACUUGUUGAUAAGAAGCAUUUUUUUGCAGUCAGUAUGUGUAUUUCUUUUCUUUCAGAUGGCACUAAGAAUCGGCAUUAGCAUUCAUGUUAAACCGAGGACUAUACCUAAUGAAGCUUUGUGGUAAUUCUAUAAAAUUGUUGACUUAUAAUGAGCACGUUGAUCAUCCUGACAAAAACAUAUAGAUUUAUUAGUGUACAUAAUAGAUUUAGUGUGAUAAAAGCGAUUUGAUAUUUCAUUGUUGUAGUAAAUCCAGUAUUUUAAUACAUAUUAUGUUGAAAAAUAGUGUUGGUUUUAGUGGUAAUGUGUCUUGUAUGAGUAUGCUAAUUAUUGUGUAGUAAAAUUAUAUAUAGAGCCCGACUAAAACAAGUCGAAACUUCAUAGCUUAUCUCUAUAAUGACUCGACAUACAUUAAUGACCAUUUCUAAUACAAUCUCCAUUCAACCAAAAUGUUCCAGUUUAUCAUAAUAUACUCGUAUAUUUUCACAUGCUUAGCUAGUGGCUAAGUCAGAGCCGCGUGGGUCGAUCAAUCGUAAGGCUAAGCAACGCUUGGCACACUCGUGGAUGAGCGCCAAUCUUGUCAUCACGAGUUAUUCCAUGUUUCGGAAGGCACGAUAAAUUGGUAGGUCCCGGCAAUCAUUUGAACAUCUUUGGCAUUCUUAUGCUGGACUGCCCAGUGAGAAAGUAUGACAGCCAGUUUUAGCGAGGGAUACCAGGUUGCCCGGCUUUAGGAGAUCAUAUAGGCAAUUGCUCCAUGUAAAACAGUAGUACUAAACUGUAUCCGGUUGCACUGGAAGCAGACUCCAACAUAAUUGGGAAAAGGCACAUGAUUUUAGGAGCUUGAAAAUUUAAUAGUGGUCGUUUAUCAAACUUCUUGUCGAGUUGCUUAUUUCUGAUGAAGGUAAACAGCAUACCAAUAGACUUUCGUCAGGCUCUAUUUAAUUUUAAGUUUUUUUUUUCUGGGAAGUUUUAGUAUGUUAAUUCUGUCUCCAUUUUACAGCUGCAAGUCUGCUGAUUUUAGAUUUAUUUAUGGGACACCAAGCCGAUUGCGGUAACUGGAUACAUCUUGUUCUUCCAUCUAUACCUUAGUUUUGAUGAUAUUAAUCAGUUGGUGUACUUACUGAUUAUACAAACGGAUGGUUUGCAUUUUGUUUACUUCACUGUGUAUAUAACUAAUAUAAUGCAGUUAAUUUAAUACAUUGUUUUAAAAAUAA